GCUGAAUGUGACACCGUCGGAUCUUGUCGAUUGGUCUGCGCAGUGAAGGGCGGGUGUUACAUGAAGUACUACUAAGCUAUGCAUUGACAAACGCCUGCACUUGGCUUCACUCAAAAUUCACUGGCAUUGGUUGGGGGAAGUUGCAGUUUCUUUCUGGUUCUUCUGUUUGCUCUUGCCGUUGCUUUUAUUCUAGAUCUGUUGUCUCUGUCUCCAUAUCUCAUCUCUCUCUCUUUUGUUCAAUCCACUCACUGUUACUCACUCGCUCGUUCUCUCGUCAUCGUCAAACUACACUCGCCAGAAUGUUCGUCUUCAGCCGAAAGGACCUCCCUGCGGAGCCUGUAUUCCCCGCGGAUCUGGAGAAACUGGGGUACUUCAUCACUGAAGAUGACCAGAUCCGAAAGAUCUCCGCGCCAAAAGAAGAGUUCCAAUUCAAGAUCAACAGGAACGCGCGCUGGAAUGAGAUGCAGCGAGAGGCCAUGAACACAUGCAUUCGCAACAUUGUCCUCUCCCGUCUUCGCAACCUCGGGCUCAUCACUCUACGGCUUCCACUUACAGCUCGACCUACCGAUGCGCAUGUGCCCAUCCUCAUCUCCAAGAACCUGUCCACUGCCACCCGCGUCAUCGUUGCGUUCGGGGAGCCUAUACAGGACCUUGGCAUCUGGGCUUACCGGACUCUCAGCAGCGAUGGGAUUGAGGUCGGGUCGGCUGUUCAAUUUGCGCGGGCUGUUCUGGAUCAGAAAGACACGGCUCUUGUCCUGGCAAACACGGGGCAGUUGGUGUGGCACUGUGGCUCUGGUCAAGCGAUGACAUUGACGUCCUGGCAUUGCGUUCCUCGAAAGUCGGCGGUAGAUCCGCCGCUGGUUAUGACUCGUCGGAACAAGAUCCCUGGGAAUGGUGACUGGCAGGAACAUAUUCAGUAUGUGUUCGAGGAGAUUUUGGCUGCUCGGGGUCGGCUGGUUAGGCCUGAUGCGAAGAUUGGGGUGGUUGGGUUGGAUGAUGGGGGGUUGGGUGUUAUUCGGUAUUUGGGGAGUAAUUGGGAAGCAUGGCGUCCCUAUAUAUCAGCAAUCUGUCUCACCAGUCCAUUCCACCGGAUUGGCGUUGACUUCGGAGACAAGGAUGGUAAAGAUUCAAAGGACCCCUCUUCGUUUGUGAGCUUCGUCUCCUCGCGUUGCCGUGGGUAUAUCCUGUCUGAACAGGAUCUCGGGCUGCCUGUUCCUGCUCCUGAGCAUCAUGGGUGCAACUGCUAUUCGUCUGGCGAGCCGCUGAUUACCGAGUGUGUCAUGCCUAAGGCGUGGGAGGAUAUGCUGAAGUGGCUUAAUACGACUUUCGAGGACCCGGAAUACUGCGAGGCUAAUUUGAUGUUCAGAGAGUUUUCGGGGAAUAUGGGGGGUGAUGCUAUGGAGAGAGUUGCUGAGCUUGAGCAAGAUGAUGAUAUUGCUUCAGAGCAGUAGUUAGCACAGGUUCUUAUUGAUGCAAUCUUACCAACCAUAGUGCAUAUGUCCAUCAUUAGUCCAUUAUACAGUAAUAUAUA